AUGGCGUCCAGCCUCAGCCGCCGCAACACCACAUGGCACGGCCUGCGAGCUGAGGGGGAGGCCGCGGCGGAGGCGCCUUUGUGGUGGCCCCUCGUGCAGGCCCUGGUGGUGGUGGUGGCGGCGCCCUCGUGUGGCAAACUCAGGCAAGCCCGCCUGGCGCCAGCAUUGCCGCCCGAGUCUGCUGCAAAUUCUGAGACUUCAAACUCAACCAUCUCCAGAGAGGCCAGCACCCAGUCCUCAUCAGCUGCGACCAGCCAAGGCUAUGUUUUACCUGAAGGCAGAAUCAUGCCAAACACCAUUUUUGUUGGUGGAAUUGAUGUUAGGAUGGAUGAAACCGAAAUUAAAAGUUUCUUUGCUAGAUAUGGCUCAGUAAAAGAAGUGAAGAUAAUCACGGAUCGAAGUGGUGUGUCCAAAGGCUAUGGAUUUGUUUCCUUUUAUAAUGACGUGGAUGUGCAGAAGAUAGUAGAAUCACAAAUAAAUUUCCAUGGUAAAAAGCUGAAACUGGGCCCUGCCAUCAGGAAACACAAUUUAUGUGCUUAUCAUGUGCAGCCACGUCCUUUGGUUUUUAAUCCUCCUCCACCACAGUUUCAGAGUGUCUGGAAUAGUCCAAACACUGAAACUUAUAUGCAGCCUGCAACUAUGAUGAAUCCUAUAACUCAGUAUGUUCAGGCAUAUCCUUCUUAUCCAAGUUCACCAGUUCAGGUCAUCACUGGAUAUCAGUUGCCUGUAUAUAAUUAUCAGAUGCCACCACAGUGGUCUACUGGGGAACAAAGGACUUAUGUUAUACCUCCGGUUUAUACAGCUGUUAACUACCACUAUAAUGAAGUUGAUUCAGGAGCUGAAGUUUUGUCAAGUGAAUGCUCAGUUCAUGAAGCUACUCCAUCCUCUGGAAAUGGCCCUCAAAAGAAAUCUGUGGACCGAGGCAUACAGACGGUGGUAUCUUGUCUGUUUAAUCCAGAGAAUAGAAUGAGAAACUCUGUUGUUACUCAAGAUGAAUACUACAAGGAUAAAAGAGUCCAUCAUUUUAGGAGAAGUCGGUCAGUGCUUAAAUCUGUUUGAUCCUCUACUGACUUUCUAGACUCAUUGGGAGUUGCUGGUUUUGAAUAUUAAGAAGAGACAAAGUUUUCCACUACUAUAGAAAUUUAAUUUUGAAUGUAUUGAUACAUCACAUUCAUACUAUACAAAUUGUAUUAGAUUGCCUAGUUUUAUUUUACAUUGAAACUUUUUCAUUAGAUGUUUGUUUAGAAACUGGUUCUGUGUUCAGUAUAUAGUUUAAAGUAAAAAAAAACCAAUUGAGACUGAAAGGAAUAACUUUUAAGAUUUAUCUGUAAGGAUUUUUUUUUAAUUGAAAUUGACAUUUGAACAGUUUAAAAACAAAUGCUGAUUUUCAAAAAAUUGUUUUAAAAAACCCACUGUUUUGAAAGGUCAGAAUUUUGAGUACAAGCAUUCAUUUCUCCGGCAAGUACCUGUGAAUAGUACAAUAUUGUGCUUUAUGAUUUGUCUAGAAAUUUACCACAAAGAAGAGUUUUUAAAACUGCAUUUUUAAUCAGUGAAACUCAAUAUAUAGUUAGCUUUAUUGAAAUCUUCCUUACCUAAACCCAGUAAAACCAAUUCUAAACAGUCUAAUCAGUGGGUCUUAUGUUUAUUAGUUGGAAAUAUUUUAUCUUUUAUCUGGAAUCCACACAUAGAUAUUGUAUUUGAUUGGGAUGGUAAUUAGGAUAACUAAAAUUCUGGACCUAAUUUUUUUUUAAGAAUCCAAGACAAACUAAACUUUACUAGGUACAUAAGUUUUUCAGUAAGUUACCAUUCUCCUUUUUUUUUUAAGAAAAAAUUUUCCUUGAAAUGCUAAACUUAAUGGCUGUAUCUUAAAUUGUGCAAAAUAUUGGUAAUAAAGAAUGCUGAAGCUUU